AAAAUAUAAAUGAAGGAAGGGCAAUUACGACAUUUAAGGUAAUUCCGAAAACCGAUUAGCUGAGAAGAAAGUGCGAGAGAGCGAAACGCAGAAAAGAAGGUGCAUAAGAUUUUACGCAACCGAUUCGGUUCUAUUACGGUCGCAUGGCUUGGAGGCGUUUGAUAACGCAGGUUGAAAGGCGUCAACCAGAAUUUGGAAAGGUCAAAGAUUUAUUGAGUAGAAGCUAUUUAUCCCAAAAUAAGUUUGAAGGCUGUACAAUUUAUGUAGGGAAUAGACUUAUUUGCUCCCAGGAGAGAGCCCAUUCCAGCUAUCUAGGCAAUUUAGCCCGACGAUUACGUAAUUCAUCUGAUGCUGAGGAAGCCUCUUAUCUCAAAGAACUUAAUCAUCGACAUGAUCCCGAAGCUGUGAUAAGAUCAUUUGAAAGUCAGCCAUCUCUGCAAACAAAUCCUUCAGCACUUUCUGAAUAUGUUAAAGCAUUAGUGAAAGUUGAUAGGCUGGAUGAAAAUGAAUUACUGAAGACUUUGCGAAGAGGUAUUUCUAAUUCAGUGAGAGAGGAACAAAAUAAUAUGGGUGGCCUUUCUGCUCUUAGAAAUGCGGGAAAAUCGACAAAACGUGGACUUCUUGGGACAGCUAGUGCUCCUAUUCAUAUGGUCGAUAUAGGUGGAAGUUUGAAAGAUCAAUUAUGGCGUACAAUUAGGUAUCUUGCAGUGGCCUUCCUCACGAUUUCUGGUAUAGGAGCACUAGUUGAGGAAAGAGGAAUUGGUAAAGGACUUGGUAUGUUUGAAGAAGUGCAGCCCAGUAUGGAAAUAAGUACUAAUUUUAACGAUGUGAAAGGUGUGGAUGAGGCAAAGGCUGAACUUGAAGAAAUUGUUCAUUACCUAAGAGAUCCCAAGCGCUUUACUCGUCUUGGUGGCAAACUUCCAAAAGGUGUUUUGCUCGUUGGCCCGCCUGGCACUGGUAAGACAAUGUUGGCAAGAGCUAUUGCUGGAGAGGCUGGGGUUCCUUUCUUCGCAUGCAGUGGAAGUGAUUUUGACGAGAUGUAUGUUGGAGUGGGUGCACGAAGGGUGAGGGAUCUUUUUGCUGCUGCAAAAAAGCGGUCGCCUUGUAUAGUCUUUAUUGAUGAACUUGAUGCUGUUGGUGGAAAACGAAAUGCAAGGGACCAAAUGUACAUGAGGAUGACUUUAAAUCAAUUGCUUGUUGAGUUAGAUGGAUUCAAACGAAAUGAUGGCGUAAUUGUGAUUGGUGCCACUAAUUUUUCUGAGUCACUAGACAAGGCUUUGUUGCGACCUGGGCGAUUUGAUCGCCAUGUCGUUGUUCCCAAUCCAGAUGUAGAAGGACGGCGACAAAUUUUGGAAUCUCACAUUUCAAAGGUUCUGAAAGCAGAUGAUGUUGAUCUGAUGAUCCUUGCUCGGCGUACAAUUGGGUUCUCUGGUGCGGCCCUUGCUAACUUGGUUAAUGUUGCUGCCCUCAAGGCUGCAAAGGAUGGUGCCAAAGCCGUGAACAUGCAUGAUUUUGAGUUUGCAAUGGACAAGAUUACAAUGGGAAGUGAACGCAAGUCAGCUGUUCUAUCUGAUGAGUCAAAAAAGAUGACCGCUUUCCAUGAGGGUGGCCAUGCGUUAGUGGCAAUUUAUUCUGAUGGUGCGCUUCCUAUUCACAAGGCAACUAUAGUUCCUCGUGGGGCGGCUCUUGGCAUGGUUUCUCAGUUGCCAGACAAAGAUCAGAACAGUGUCUCCCGUAAAGAGUUGCUUGCGAGUCUUGAUGUUUGUAUGGGAGGUAAGGUUGCUGAAGAGCUAAUUUUUGGAGAUAAUGAAGUUACUUCUGGUGCAUCCUCAGAUCUUUCACAGGCAACUAGUAUGGCCAGGAAAAUGGUUACUAAGUAUGGUAUGAGUACUGAAGUUGGACCCGUUGCUCAUAAUUACUAUGAUGAUGGGAGAAGUAUGAGCUCAGAAACUAGGCUGCUUAUUGAGAAUGAAGUGAAGAACUUGCUGGAGAGAGCUUACAACAAUGCAAAAACUAUUCUAACCACCCAUAAAAAGGAGCUUCAUGCCCUUGCAAAUGCUCUUCUGGAGCACGAGACACUUACAGGAAGUCAGAUAAUUGAUUUACUUGCAAAGGUCAAAUCCCAGCCGCAGCAACCGCAGCAGUCACAUAAAGUUGAAGCACAGGGAAGUUCACGGUCUAAUCCAGCAGCUUCUGCGGCUGCCACAGCUGCUGCAGCUGCCGCUUCUGCUGCUGCAAAGGCUCAAGGAGUUGCCCCGGUAGGAUCUUAGCGGACGCAGACACGAUCUGCUAAAUAACCGCUACCGGAUUGAUUAAUAUGUGCAGCUAGUAAUUUAUUUGGUGUUUUUGUGGUUCCACUUCAGUCCAUGGAACUCAACUCGUGUAUUCAGGGUCAAGUUGACUCCAUAUUUUAGUGAGUUGGAACAUCUUGUAGGACCUUCCCAUUUAUUUGUUUCAAUAUUUGACUAAUCCAAAUUUUUCGCUUACCUUUUUCUCCUUAUUCUCGUGUGACUGAGAAAUAAUGAAGUUGCACACAUGUUUAAGGUUUUUCAGAAUUAAUUUGCAGUCAGUAUAAAUGAUAUUUGAGAAGGGAAUUUUUUUAAUAUUUUUGUCUCUGAAA